AUGUGUCGCUCCACCACCACCUGCUCCACCAUCAAGCUUGCGGCCUCGCCCUGCGAGACGAACAGCACCGACAGCGCAUCCCUGCAGGGUGCAUAUUCCUCCGGCCGCACCAGAAUUCUCACCAGUGGUGGUGGUGGCUCCAUCGCCCAUCCCGCGGCACUCGACACGCCCCACUGCCGCGGAAGUCGUGGGAAUAUGUCUAGCAGCCGCACCCUGCCCUCGUGGCGCUGUGGCACCGCCACACAACCCCCAUGUCUGACAAAUGAGAAGGCGGAGCCGAGGUCGAAUGGAUGCAGCGGGUGUGACAUUAUUCGUUGUAACUCCUCUGAUGUCGCAUUGACCGGCGCCACGUCCACCCCCGCGUCACAGCCGCUGCCUAUUGUGUCGCCGCGUGCCCGUCUUGCGAGACUCUUCAGCAGCACGCGCACAUCCCCCAGCGACGCGCUGAGACGUGUGUGCACAGUGCCGACCAGCCAGCUGCCGGCAGCGCCGCCUGUACGGAUCUGGCACAAGAUUGGUGCAUCCACAGGCGUCUCCCUUGCUUCCGCCGCACGCAUUUCGCUUUGUCUCCUCUGUGUGAGAAUAAAUGCUAGUGAAAAGGUGGGGGUUGGAGUGGAGUAA